GCGAAAGAGAGUGAUUGUGGGUUGGAUGAAAAGAAAUUGGAUUGACCUUUGAGCAGAAUUGCUCGUCCUUUUAUCUCUUUCAGUGACGGAUGCGGAUGCGUGUGCCGACGCGUCGGGAGGUGGAAGACAUGCGCGCCGCUGUCCGUCAUCCGCGUCAUCCUUCCGGUGCUAUUCCCGAGCAGCUACCUUUCCCGCUGCGGAUGUUAUUGUCGGGCUGGAGAGGUGAAGGUUGUAGCGAUCAACUCGCGUGGCUCUCUUUCUUCCUCGAUCGUACUAUCCACCUUACGCGACCCGAGACUCGAGUAGCCUGUUCACAAUUUCCACUACUACAUUUCAUGUUUCCUGAGUCUGGGUGGUACAAUACCGCAGGCGGAAGGCUCAAAUUGUGUCUAUCUGGAUUGAAUGUUCGCCUCACAUCAUGGUAGUGCAUGACAAGGCACCCCUCCCGAUGUCUAUUGCGGAUG